GUCCAGGGCUUUUCCAGCACUAGCGUCCACUCACCACCUUGUUCUUUCCUAAUGGAUCCACUCAACCCUGACUCGUUUAACCACAAGUUUGCCACGGUCAACGGCACCACCAUUCACUAUGUUGACGAGGGCACCGGUCCGGUUAUCCUUUGCUUCCACGGUUUCCCUGAUCUCUGGUAUGGCUGGCGCAAGCAGAUUCCCUACCUUGUCUCGCUCGGCUACCGCGUAAUUGCCCCCGACACGCAUGGCUACGGCCAGACCGAUGCUCCGAAGGAUCUCAAGGCAUAUGGCGCCAAGAACAUCGUCAACGACUUUGUCUCGCUGCUUGAUACUCUGAACAUCCGCGAGGCGGUGUGGGCUGGUCAUGACUGGGGAGGUCUUGUUGCCUGGCGCGCUGCCCUCUGGCACCCGGAGCGUGUCAUCGGCGUCAUCUCCUACUGCACGCCGUAUAUUCCAACUGCGGAUACCUUCACGCCCCUGGAGGACUUCGUUGUCAAGUUCCCCAACUGGUCCUACCAACUGUAUUUCCAGAGACCUGAGGCUACCGAUGAGCUCAACAAGGAGAUUCCGCUGUUCCUUACGGCGCUGUUCCGCCACUACAAGGACUUUGCAAAGACAUCCAUCUUCAACCCCGCUGUACCACCUGAGCAGCGCACGAUCACUGAUGUCAGGGGUCUGGAGCGUAGCUCGGUGUUCACUCAGGGCCAGCUCGACUAUUACAUCGGCGAGUUCCAGAGGAAGGGCAUGGAGGGUCCGCUGAAUGCCUACCGCGUGCGCAAGAUCAACUGGGAGGAUGAGCAUGAGGCAGGGUUCCUGAUGAACAAGAUCGAUAAGCCCAGCAUGAUGGUCACUGCAGGCCAUGACGGUGCAUUGCCCGCAAAGUGGACCGAGCACAUGCCAAAGUUCAUCCCCGACCUGAUGCAGGAGCACGUCGAGGAGUCGGGACACUGGAUCCUGGACGAGCAGCCAGAGUUCUGCAACAGCGCUUUUGCAAAGUUCCUCAAGCAUCUGGAGGAUAGCGGUCUUAUCCAGAAGUAAAAUAAACAUAUCAGGUGUUGAUUACUAAGAUGAUCAUAUAGAGGUGAGAAGGUCUGUAGAAAAAGAAGAGGUGCAAUCUUACAUCACAACGCAAUUGCUGCCAUCCUUGUCCUUUACGGACUCUUUGUUUUUCGUGAGCCCAAACCGCUUGCCACGGCCUGACGCCUUCUCGCGCUUCUGUGUGACACGACGCCGCAGCGCAGCCGUCGACUCGGAUGCGGUUCCGACGAUUCCCUGCUUCAGGCGCUCCUUGGCCUCCUC